CUCUUUCGCCCGAAGUGGUACGGUGCACCGACCGCAGGCUGGUGUUUUUUCCACCCAAACCAGCAGCAGUCCAUUUGCGCCAUGGCGACGAACUGGUUCGGAUCUGCUCAUGAAUCGGUUACCAACGCCAUUGCCAAUGCACCAAGUUUGCAAGCUGUGGCGGAGAACCUGGGAAUCAAAGAUUUUCAUCAAUGGGCCUCGGCCAAAGCGUUUGACCUGCACUCAGCAGUCCACGAGCAGGCAGUCGAGUUAGUGAAGACCAAGGUGAAGGGAGAGUUCGGGAACGAAGUCAUCGACAUGCUGGAUGCUCUUUCCGAAUGCAUGCGGAAGAUUUCAGAGGAGUUGAAGCUGAAGGAGGCCAAGUUUGGCAUUACGUUGGCACUUCCGUUGGUCUCCAUGCAGCAUAACAUGCUGGAACGUCCCGACGUCGAAGGACUUUUGACCGACCGGGCGUUGCUGGACGAAGCGGCGUAUUGGGUGGAUUUUGCUGCGGGAGCCUAUGGUAAGGAGGACAUCAAGGGCUAUGACAAAGCCUCGGUGAACGUGGCGAUUGGUGAGAAGUCAGGAGUGGAGGUAACAGUGGCGUAUCUUCCGGCAAAAGGUGUUCAAAUGCCUGGGCACUUUGUAGCUGUGGACAGGAACAAUCGAGAAGUGGUUCUGGGCAUUCGUGGUACGACCACCCUGUCCGACGCGCUCACGGAUGCCGUGGGAGAAGCCACGCAGGUUCCAGGCUGCCCUGGUCUACUGGCGCACAAAGCGAUGUUGGCCAGUGCACAGGCCGUUCUUGAAAAGACACGGCCUGCACUGGAACAAGCACUGCGUGAUCACUCAGGUUUCUCCUUGGUCAUCACUGGACACAGCUUGGGUGCUGGGACGGCGAUUCUUUGCACUGUUCUACUGUCGGUGACACCCUUGAAGGCAAGGCCGCGCAUGAGAUGCUUCGCCUAUGCGCCACCACCUGUGAUCGGUCCAUUGGAGCACAGGAGUCUACGCGGUUUGGUGAUUCACUCCUUCAUCAACCGUGCGGACGUGGUCCCUCGAGCGAGCCUGGCCAACGUGUUCCACCUCGGCUUGGAAGCUAUGGCCGUUGAUGGGCUCGACCUGGAUUUCCAACAUCGCUUCAAUUUGAUGCGAAGAGAUGCCUCUCCUGAGAAUGAAGAGGAAAACAAGGCCAAGAAGAGGAUCGUGGAGGCGGUGAAGGAGUGUCAGGAAGCUCGACAUGCGAAGCCUCACGAGUCAUUUCCGCCCUUGUUUGUUGCUGGCCAGGUGUACUGGAUCGAAUGGCUUGGUCAAGAAGGAAGUGUGCAGGAUGCAAAGAAUGACACCGCAGAGAGGGCGCCAAGGAUCCACCUGUCGUCCGCCAGGGCCUUUCAGUGUCUCCCACGGAGCUUGACGCGUAAACCGCGGCGUUGAGACGUGGCGUUGAGACGCGCCGCACGAGUCGGGGAUGGACUUCGAGACCAGUUUGGAAGUCGGAGACCUCAAAAAAUACCCGUCCAUAGUCACUACAGCAGUCACUACAGGGCUUCUUUAGGUGACUAAAAGACCGAAAUGGAGAGCAGACCGAUGUGGGCAGCCAGGGCUUUGCUGAUGCGGGGAGGCACCAACGCGCUGAAAGAUCAUUUGUGUGGAGGCUACAAAGAAGGCCUCGAAGGCUACAAGAAUCACCUGAAGGCCAGUGGAGGGUGCAACUGCACAAUAGCUUGAUUGCCAGCAAAGUUCUGAGAAGAGCGAACUGAAAGACUGACCAGCAGAAAUCAGGAAAAAGGCGAUUUGACAUCACAG